AUGGCUGGUAUUCCGGACAUGUUUGCUCGAUUUUUAGGCCGGACGAUACGGGAUCAGACGGUAUCUGUUCCUGAUCGGACGUUGCGGUUGACGAAGGAUGGCACGUUUCAGAUUAGUGUUUUUGAAGACUUGCAUUUUGCUGAAGAUUCAAAUAAAGAUGUCCAUACCAACAAGGUUAUGGAUUAUGUUCUCGACAAAGAGAAGCCGCAACUUGUGGUUAUAAAUGGGGAUUUGAUCUCUGGCGAAGCUACCAAAGCCUCGAACUCGAGCAAAUAUCUAGACCAAGUCGUUUCCCCCUUGGUCAACGGGGGAUAUCUAUGGGCUUCGACCUACGGGAAUCACGACAGCGAGCUGAACCUGGACCCCAGAAAGGAUAUAUACGACAAGGAAAAACUAUACAAGAACAGCCUGACGCAGAGCUUGGUCUCCGAUUCAGCGGCUGGAGUCACGAACUAUUACCUGCCAGUUUUCUCGCAGGGUGGAUCCGAAGGCGAUACGCCUGUCCUUCUGCUUUGGUUCUUCGAUUCAAAAGGUGGACACGAGCCAACCAACCGAGUAUCGAAACGCGCUUCAAUACAACGGGGCGACUGGGUUGAUGAUUCUGUGGUCGAUUGGUUCACGCAGACAAAGUCCGAUCUAAAGGACAAGUAUGGGAAGGUCAUCCCUUCAUUAGCUUUCUAUCAUAUCCCCGCCGAUGCUAUGCGGGCGUAUCAAGACAAUGGGGUCGAUUCUCACAAAUCCCCUGGUCUUAAUGGGGAGACAGUGGUUCAGCAAGGAUCUGGUGCCAGUCCAUACACUGGACAGGACGUACCAUUUAUGCAAGCUCUUUUGAAUACAUCGGGACUCAUGGCUACAUUUAGUGGUCAUGACCAUGAUAAUGACUGGUGCUUUAAAUGGGACGGCAAAACCAUUGCUCAGGAUCUAUCUGGCAACGGAAUUAACAUGUGUUAUGGUCGUCAUACUGGCUAUGGCGGAUAUGGCAAUGCUGCUCGUGGUGGAAGGCAGAUCCUCCUCAAUAAGGAUAGUAUUGCAGAUGAAGUGGAAACAUGGAUUCGUCUGGAAGAUGGGACUAUCUCCGCACAUGUCACCCUCAACUCCACAUAUGGACAAGAUCAAUACGCGCCUGUCACUCGGCAGGUCACGGCAAGAAUGGCUGGUGGAAGUGUUAGCCUCCAUAAUUCGUCAUCUCUACUUUAUAUGAUGUACUUGUGGGUUGCAAUACUGGUAUUGAGGCAGUGGAAAGGGCAUUGA